AUGACAACACACGAUACAUUAUCACGGUUCUCACCAAGAAUGGUCACUCAAUCUAAUUUAUCUGCUAUUCAACAAGAUUCAAUUGAUGAUAAACUUUCUUCAAAUGAUAUUUGUACUAUGUUUCGUGCAUUUCUUACUGAAUUUGAACGAAUGGAAACGAGUGAUGUAACAACAAAAAAAAUGUUUUUAGAUUCUGUAGAAGAAAUAACAAAUGCUGUUCUAGCAAUUUUACCAUAUAAAUUACUUGAUCCACAAGUUCUUCGUCAUCCACUUGUACAUUUUCUACAUCAAAUACUUAUUGAUCUAUUAGAUGAUUGGCGAGCAUAUGAAAUGCGUCUAAGCAUUCAAGAAUCGGACAUAUUUCUUAAGAUUGUACUUAUUUUUGUUCAUGCUGCUGAAUUCGCAUUUGAAUUUGAUGCCAAUGAAGAACGACAAAGAAUAACAGAUUUAUUAGCAACAAGAAGGCUUCUCAUUUUAGUACGUGAACAAAUUGAAGAUUCUGCUAUGCACAAAUACGGUAUUAAUGAUGAUCCAAAUAUAUGUACAUUAGGUUUGUUAACAAUAAAAUUAUUACAAGAAUGUUUAUUCUAUCAUCGUACGGAACACAAUACAUGUUUAAUCGAACUUUUGGUGCUGAAUUGUAUUGAUUCAUAUGAUUAUAUUCAAGCAGUGCAUCAAUUUCAAAAUGACGAAACACUUAAUGACAUUGAUCAAUUUCUUUUGUUUACUUGUUGGGAAUAUAUACCUGUCAUCGCAUUACCUUUACAAGAUCCGAAGGACUCAUUAUAUCAAAUUGAUAUCAUUCAUGAUAUUUAUGAUCAACUUUUAACACGAUUCGAAGAUACUCUUGAUCAAUCACCAACGAUUUCACCUUCUAGUCUUUCUUAUAUAUUCGAUCGAUGUGAACAACUUCUUAGUGUUGCCAAACUAUCUUCUUUUGAUAAACAUGCACCAAAUAUUAUUGAUUAUUUAAUCAAAAUUUUCGAAAACCUAUCAGUAACUAAUCCUAAUGAUGAUGCAUUGAUCAUGGCUGCUUUAGAAGCAUUCUCUAAUUUAUCGAAAAAUUCUGACAUUCGUGCUAUUAUGAAAAAACUACAUUUAACAUCUCUCUUCAAGAAAUAUACACCUAUUGAAAUGGGUGAAAAACGAAAGUUAGCAUUUGCUAUUCUUGCAGAAAUUAUGGAUGAACAAGAAAUUAAUAAUAAUCCAAGUGAAAUAACUGCUGUUUUUACUGAUCAACUCAAAGAACUUAAUCCAAAUAAAUAUGAACCAGAUAUGAACAAUGCAUUAUCGAGUCUAAAUGCAUUGAUGCAACAUGAGCAGAUAAAAAAUGAAUUCAUUAAACAAGGUGGACUCGACAAACUCAUAUCUUUUGUUUGUGAUCGUGAUUCAUAUGAAAAAUGUACUAAUCAACUAGAAGAUGCUCUCAAAAUACUUUGGUCAUGUACAUUCACGGGUAGUGAAGCGACGAACAAGCUAAAACAAGAUCAAAAUUUAAUGGCUUGUGUUAGUGAUUUACUUGAGAAAUCAAAGAAUGAUGAUAAUAUUACAUUAGAAAAAGCAGCUGAAGGUGUCAUUUGGAAAGUAGAAAAAGAAGAAAAAUUCGUAGAAGAACAAGCUGCUGAAGAAGAAAAGAAAAAACAACAAGUUCAAGAAACUGGUAUUGAAGAAGAACGAGAGGAAGAACAAAAAUAUGAUCUUAUGAUAUCUUAUUCAUGGGCUGAUAUGGAUUUAGCUCAUCGUAUCUUCAAACAUUUAACUGAAACACUUGGUUAUAAAGUUUGGCUUGAUCAAGAACAAAUGCAUGGAUCAACAAUUGAAUCAAUGGCAAAAGCAGUUGAAAAUGCUGAAUUUAUUCUAAUGUGUAUGUCCGAUACAUAUAAACGAAGUGCAAACUGUCAAUCCGAAGCUGAAUAUGCAUUUAAUCGUAAAAAAAAUAUGGUUCCAAUUAAAAUGAAUAAAGAUUAUGUACCUGAUGGAUGGUUAGGUUUUAUAUUAGGUACACGAAUGUAUAUCGAUUUCGAUACACAUGAAUUUGAUAAAGCGAUCGAAUUACUUGAUAAUGAAAUACAAUUGCAAAAGAAAACAAAUAAAGAUGCUAAAGAAGAUGUUAAAAUGGAAGAAAACAGUGUUACAUCUAAUGAAAAUAAGGAUGAUAUUAAAGAAGAAGUAUCAAAUAGUCAAAAUACAACAAAUGUAAAAGUUAACAAAAAUAAUAUUUUAAAUUGGAACGAAGACAAUGUUCGAGAAUUUUUAAUGAAACAUAAUCUUUCAGCAAUGGCAUUCCUUUGUCAAGGAAUUAAUGGUGAAGAAUUAUCUAUUCUUUACACAAUGUGUAAGACAAAUUCUAUAUCAAUGUAUCGUUCAUUAAAAUUUGAACUUCUACAUUCUUGUAAUAAAGUAUUACCAAUAUCAACUUAUCUUCGCUUUAUGAGCCGUAUACGUGCUGUAUGUGAUGAUACAUUGGUACCUAGUGGACAUGUCACGAACAAGUCUAAUGAACCUGAUACAAUGGACGAUGAAUAA